AAUCCACCGAAGUCAUCCGAAAGUAGACGUUCUUCUGCAAAACAUCAAACCGAAUUUUCCUUCUAUCCUUAAUUAAUUGGAUCACUUUUUUUUUGUGUAAUUUGGUGUCACGUUUUUCAUUGCCGUUGAGGAAUUAUUUUCCUCCUCAUUCGCUACAGUAAGAUGAAAAUAAGAAAAGCAAAAAGCUUUCUUUUGCUCGCUUGCAUUUUAUUGCUGACAAAUUUGACCUAUGCUGAUGACGAUGGAGUAACGGUGGAAACGGAAGAGGAUACCUCCGAAAGCUCAGCUGCGAAUGACCUCUCAUACGAAAGCCCAUACGCUGACCCUGCCAAGUUCUACUUUGCUGACCAUUUCGACGAUUUGGAACAAUUCGCUUCCAAGUGGAUCAAAUCUCAGGCAAAAAAAGAUGACACUGCUGACGAGAUCGCCAAGUACGAUGGCGAGUGGGACGUUGAGCUACCCAAGAGACCUCUGCUACCAAACGAUUUAGGUCUGGUACUGAAAUCGAAGGCCAAGCACGCCGCCAUUGCAUCGCGCCUGAAUCGCCCGUUCGUUUUUUCCGAUAAACCCCUGGUAGUGCAGUACGAAGUGAACCUACAGGAUGGUCAAGAGUGCGGUGGUUCAUACAUCAAGCUGCUUUCGUCCGGAAAAGAGACAACAGAUCUUAAACAGUUCAGGGACAAAACACCCUACACGAUCAUGUUUGGGCCAGAUAAAUGUGGCAAUGAUAUCAAGUUGCAUUUUAUUUUCCGCCAUGUUAAUCCCAUUAACGGUACCAUCACAGAAAAGCAUUGCAGGAAAGCAAAGGAUCGUCUGGAUGACCCAUUUAAGGACAAGCAACCGCAUCUGUACCAGCUCGUGGUACGCCCAGAUAAUACUUAUGUAAUCCGUGUUGACCAUAAAAUAAUCAAUGAGGGUUCACUGUUUACCGAGUUCACGCCUCCGGUAAAUCCUCCGAAGGAAAUCGAUGACCCAACCGACUUCAAGCCGGAAAAUUGGGAUGAACGGGAAAAGAUUCCGGACCCUGAUGCCAACAAGCCGGACGACUGGAAUGAAGAUGAACCACCACAAAUCCCUGAUCCCAGCGCGUCCAAGCCGGAAGGAUGGCUCGAUGACGUUGAAGAAAUGAUUCCUGACCCCAAUGCGGAAAAGCCAGCUGAUUGGGAUGUGGAAAUGGACGGAGAGUGGGAAGCACCGCUCAUUGCUAAUCCCGCUUGUGAAAAGGCAGUCGGAUGUGGCCUAUGGAAGGCACCCAUGGUUUCCAAUCCCAACUACAAAGGCAAAUGGCGUGCACCACUUAUUGAUAACCCCAACUAUCAGGGCAAGUGGGCUCCGAGGAAAAUACCUAACCCGGACUUCUUCGAAGACAAAAACCCCUUCAAGAUGACUACCAUUGCCGCCAUUGGUAUCGAACUUUGGUCAAUGUCCAGUGAUAUUCUUUUUGAUAACCUCAUCAUCGUCGAUGAUGAAACCCUGGCUAGAGAUUGGGCAGCACAAACCUAUGAUUUGAAGAGAAAGCUCAUCGAUAGAGAAGCGAAUACUUUAUGGGAUCGCGCGAUGAGGUAUAUGGGAUACAAACCAGGAUAUUGGUUCGCGUACUUUGUUUACUGCUCUAUCCCUGUCAUCGCAUAUGUCUGGUUCCUGCUCAAGCGCCGAGAUAAAGAGAGCACAGCGUCUCCAACGGCACGUGCCAAGAAAACCGAUGAGUAUGUUCCUGAUGACAGUGAAGCCAAAGAUGACACAGUCAAAUCGAAAGCCAACCUAAACUCAAACGAAGAAGACCGGUUGCAAUCAGAAGCCGCAGAUGCAGAAGAGGCGGAAAACGAUAACUACGAAGACGAGGAAGAAGAUGAAGAUGAAGAGGAAGCAGAUGAGACUGAAGGUGUCCCGGAAGGCAAAGAGGUAGCUGAUGAUCUGCACGCAGAUAAUAGUCCAACGACGAAGGAAGCAGAAGGAGGAGUCAAGAAACGGAAGCCUAGGAGAGAGUAGAACGUUCGCAUUUCUUGCUUUCCUACUUAUUUUAUUUAACGGAUUCUCAUUAUCUCCUGUCUAAUGUGACUUUCCAAACCAAAAUAAUCAUUCUUUUACUCAUACCAUUCAACAAAGAGGAAAACCAAUGUGCGAUAUCAGUAUGGUAACAUUUCUUAUUUAGUUCGAAUUUAAAUGCAUACUAUUUUGCAUUGCGAAUGGAUAAGUGUCGUUAAUAGGUUAGGGUUUCAUAUAAAUUAUCAACUAUUUUGAAGCGCGUUUGUCUAUCGUAUUGCACAUAUUGGAAAGUCAUCAUCAAUAAAUGUGUGUACCAUUCGUGCCAGAUUAGUUUGGCUCAAUAUGAAUACAAAA